CCUCGCCCCAGAUUUUGACCCACUUAGGUCGGGCUAACCCUAGCCAUUAUUACUAAAGGGACGGCGGACUUUCUGUUACACGCACCCUCAGUUUUGUUACACCUGCGUACCAAAAAAGCGUUCAACAUUGUUGUAUAAACUUAUUUCCCUGUUGCAGUUUACAUAAAGCGGCCAUGCAACAUUUAACGAGAAGAUUCAUCUGUAUUUUAAUUACUUGUAUGGUGCUCGUGCUGAUGUACCUCUGGGACAGGAAGUUCUUAGAUUUAAACGGACUAUAUGUACCUAAAACGAAGAACGCUGAUAGAAGAGCCAAAGACAUGGACAUUUCUGGUAUCUUGAAACAGAAAUAUCAUUGGGAUAAAGUUCCUGGAGAAUGGUUGGAAACUAUGAAACGGAGAAGACAAAUGUUAUUUCAGAUGUGCAAGGAUCAGAAUGAAACCAUUAGACCGGGAGCACCAGUUGAAGUGAAGAAACAUCCUAUUCCAGACAGAACCUUUGUCGAAGACAUCUAUCAAAUAGUUCUGUGUCCCAUGGCAAAAGCAGCAAGUAAAACCUGGUUGAAGAUAUAUUUCAAACUAAACAAGCAGAUGAACACAUCUGCGUUACAUAAUGACUGGAUAUCAGGGCAUCUUAUUCACGUGCAUAAUCUUAACAAGUACACUGAAUUUGGUAUCAACACACGCCUUAAUACCUAUCUUAAAAUAAUGACAGUCCGUCACCCUAUGAUCCGUCUUGUGUCGGUGUAUCACGAACAAGUGGCACCUCACGGAUCUCAAUUUGAGAGGUACGUGAAGCGCUUUAUCGAGAAGACAGAAGGGAGAAAAAUCCAGUCUGUUACAUUUGAAGACUUCCUGCGUUACGCCAUCCAAACUCCAAAUAUGCAUUGGGAUCCGUUCAUUAAAUUUUGUGAUCCGUGCCAUAUAGAUUAUGAUCUGUUGAUAUAUUUCGAAACUCUGGCAGACGACGCCAAAAACACGCUGAUUCUUUUGGGUGCAGACGACAUGAUCAAACUCCCGCCAUCACAUCGUGCAGAUAAAAUGUCGGCUGACGACGAAGCUCGAAAACAUUAUGAUGGUGUAGACAGAGAGCUACUGAAACGAGUUAUCGCAAUGUACGGGAUUGAAGAGAAGUACUUUGGAUACAACUUGAGUUUAUUUUCAUGA